AUGCAGAGUUAUCGAGGUCAAGGCAAAUGCGAAUGCAAAAAUGGUAAAAAUUAUGAGUUUACCACAUAUACUAAACCCGGAGCAAAUGCUGGAUUGGUCAAUUGGACAAUACCGGAAGUCACAUGUUCUGAUUAUGAGAGAGGCCAGGUUGAUCCUCCUUAUGAUGCGUCUCCUGCAAAUUUGCAACUGGGCAGACACGUGAUUACCUACCCAUUCUCGUAUAAACGUGAUGGCAAAGUGGUUCAAUUUAAAUGUUUUGUAAAUUUAACUGUUGUCCCUUGUGCAUGUACAUGCCCUCAAAUUGUUACGAGGGUUGUGCGCAGUCAAACAGAAAAAGCUUUCAUCAGUUGGUUAGAGCCUAAACCUAGAUGCCCGACAACGCCAAGUGCAGGCAAUCCUAACACAACCAGUGGAUGGUUCUCUGUUGGUAAUUACACGCGGAACUACAACUACAGUUUCAUGAGCAACUAUCAGACAUUUCCUAUUGAAUGCUAUGUAAGAAUUAUUAUAGCAGGUAUGUUAAUAGACAACUAAUGUCUUUCGCCCUGGUUUAGUAUCUGUAUCUCAUUCGAAAUUUACGACAACCAAUAUUGUACUGCAAAGUGAUUCAUGAGUCUUUGAGUUCAGAAAAGCUCGUAAAAUCACUUAAAUAAUGAUCGUGAAGUGUUCAUUAUGACAAAUUGUUUCCCACAUUCCGUGGUUAGAAAAUCAUUCAUCUGUAUAAGCACCCUCAAACAGCAGUUUAAAAAAUCAAUUAGCCUAUAUAGCUCAUGUUAAUCUAACCCUGCAGAAAUCGAGCGAGAUUUAAAUCGCAUC